UCCUAAGUCGGCGGGUACAGUUCAAACCCGGGAAAUAAAAACCUACGAAGCAGAACUUCUAAAAGCCUUUUAGUUGCUCCCUCCUUCGGCCUUUCUCCCUUUUCCCGCCGCCGCCACAACCUCCGGCGUCUCGCUCCCCCACGCCGCUUCCUUAUUGAUUUCCUCCGACGCCGAUUCAAGCUUCGAGGGUUUAAUCGAGCUUGGAGAACUAAGCGUUGUGGGUGUGUGCUUGUUUUCCGUUGUGUGUUUGAGCAGAGGAUCGUCCGCGAUGGAUGAAGAUAAAGGGAUGUUCAAUGUCCAGCAGACGAUUGGUACGGUGCUCUGCUGCAGAUGCGGCAUCAGAAUGCAGCCGAACGCGGCCAACAUGUGCGUGAGGUGCCUUCGAUCGGAGGUGGACAUUACCGAGGGUUUACAGAAGCAUGUGGUGAUCUCCCACUGUCCGGAAUGCGACUGCUACCUGCAGCCACCCAAGACCUGGCUCAAAGCGCAGUGGGAGUCGAAGGAGCUCCUCACAUUCUGCGUCAAGCGGCUGAAGAAUCUCAAUAAGGUGAGAUUGAUCCACGCUGAGUUCGUCUGGACCGAGCCACACUCCAAACGGAUCAAGGUCCGCGUGACGAUCCAGAAGGAGGUCCUCAAUGGCGCGGUCCUCGAGCAGGCUUAUGUUGUUGAGUAUGUUCAGCAGGACCACAUGUGUGAGUCUUGCUCGAGAGUGGCGGCCAACCCGGACCAGUGGGUUGCGUCGGUGCAGCUCCGUCAGCAUGUUUCUCAUCGUCGGACGUUCUUCUACCUCGAGCAGCUGAUAUUGAAGCACGAUGCUGCUGUGAAGGCUAUAAAGAUCAAGCAGAUGGAUCAAGGUAUCGACUUUUUCUUUGGGAACCGUAGUCAUGCUGUGAAAUUCCUUGAAUUUCUGGGGAGCGUUGUCCCGACCAAGAGCCGCGAUGAUAAGCAGCUGGUUUCUCACGAUGUCAAGAGCAGUAAUUACAACUACAAGUACACUUUCUCGGUCCAGAUCAGCCCGGUUUGUCGCGAGGAUUUGAUUUGCUUGCCUCAGAGGCUUUCUUCCAGUUUGGGCAACAUUGGGCCUCUUGUUGUCUGCACCAAGGUGACCAACAGCAUUGCACUGCUCGAUCCUUUCACAUUGAGGCACUGCCAUCUGGACUCUGAUCAGUACUGGAGGCAUGGUUUCAAGUCGUUGCUGACCAGUAGGCAGCUAGUGGAGUACAUUGUGUUGGAUAUCGAAAUCCCCUCGCCACCAAUGGAGGCUAAAAUCGGUGGGGUCAGGUACCUAUUGGCCGAUGCCCAGGUGGCUCGAGUGUCCGAUUUCGGCCGCAACGACAACAUCUUCUUCGUGAGGACUCACCUUGGACAUCUUCUGAACCCAGGCGACCAUGCCCUCGGCUACGACCUCUAUGCUGCAAAUAGCAACGAUAGCGAGCUGGAGAAAUACAAGAAUCUCGUGUUGCCGGAGGUGGUCCUGAUAAAGAAGAGCUACGAAGAGGCGCGGCUGAGGAAACGAGGGAAGCCUAGGAAGUACAAGCUCAAGCACCUGGAGAUGGAAGUCGACGACAGAGCCAGGGUCGACGAAGAGAAGGAGAGGUCGGAUUACGAGCAGUUCCAAAGGGAUAUCGAGGAGAACCCCGAGCUGCGGUUCAAUCUGUCGCUGUACCGUAACAAGGAGUACCAGGAGGAGUCGGAGGCCGGCUCAAUGGCUGAUGAUGCUGCAGCUCCGCUGGAGGAGCUGCUUGCUGAUCUUGUGCUGCUUGAUGAGAGUGAUGAGGAGGAAGAUGAGGGCAUGAGAGAAUGAGGACAGAGUGUGUUGGGUAUUUCAUUUUGUGUUAUUCAGAGAAGUACUUUUGAGAUGGUAAAGAUUGAACUUUUGUUCUGUGACAUUUGUAGCGGUUGCUAAUUCUGUAAGCGUUGUAUGGGUUUGUUGAACUGAGCUGUGCUGGUGUAAGCCUUAUCUUAUAAGGAAUUUCCAAUCACUACUACCUAUUGUAUUUGAAAUUCACAA